AUGUAGCUAAACAGUGAAAGAGAAAGUGAGAGUGUAGUUGAGCUGUUGUUUUUGUAUCUCUACAAUCGAGCAGUAAAAUGGCAGAAGCCAGAAUUUUUCAGGAUGAGUUCUUGUGUCGAGUGUGUCAGGAUCUCCUGAAGGAUCCAGUGACCAUCCAGUGUGGACACAGUUACUGUAAGAGCUGUAUUACAGACUGCUGGGAUCAGGAGGAUCAGAAGAGAGUCUACAGCUGUCUUCAGUGCAGACAGACCUUCAGUCCAAGACCUGCUUUAGCUAGAGACACCAUGCUGGCUGAAGUGGUGGAGAAACUGAAGAAGAGGAUACGUCCUGCUGACUGUUACGCUGGAGCUGGAGAUGUGCAGUGUGACGUCUGUACUGGAAGAAAAUACAAAGCCGUCAAGUCCUGUCUGAUGUGUGUGAACUCUUACUGUCAGAAUCACCUUGAAGAACACAAGAGUUGGUUUAAAGGAAAGAGACACAAAGUGAUUGAAGCCACUGGACGACUGCAGGAGAUGAUCUGCCAGAAACACAAGAAGAUCCUUGAAGUUUUCUGCUGCACUGACCAGAAAUGUAUAUGUAUGCUGUGUACAAUAGAUGGACAUAAAAACCAUGACACUGUAUCAGCUGCAGCAAAGAGGACAGAGAAACAGAAAUGAACAGCAGCUGCAAGAAGAGUUUCACUUUUUGCUGAAAAUGCACCAGAAACCUUCAUCAAGACAAUCUUUCAUAAAAACAACAUUAUGAAAUAAUGGAGUGAACUAUUCACUGGUUCUUUGACAAAAUACAAAC